AUGGCUCACGCCUUGCACCCAAAUUAUAUGGAUAAACAUGAAGAAAACCAUCAGCCAAAGCUGCACGGUGGACUUGUCAUUAAGCACAACGCAAACCAAAGAUAUGCAACAAAUGCUGUAACAGCCUUCUUAUUCAGGGAAAUAGCAGCCAAGCACAACCUCCCCGUGCAGGAUUUUGUGAUACGCAGUGACAUGCUGUGCGGCUCAACAAUUGGUCCAAUUUUGGCGAGUGGAGUGGGCAUUCGUACAGUUGAUGUUGGAACCCCACAACUUUCCAUGCAUAGCAUCAGAGAAAUGUGUGCGGUGGACGACGUCAAGCACUCUUACGAGCACUUUGUGGCCUUCUUUCAGGAGUUCUCACAUCUUGAUGCUAAACUGGCCGUCGAUGUCUAGGUUUUUUUAAGGUUUGCUGCUAGUUUGGUU